CCAGCUGCCUAUCAGUACAGGAGCUCUUUGGAGAAAGGACUGGAGGAAGUGUUGAAAGACUAAAACAUGAAUAAAUUUGUGACUGAGCAGGAGGUAACCGAGAGAGGUGUUUAUAAUGCGGUUGUUUCCCUCCUGGCACAUAUGGCUGACCAAGAUAAGAACAAAAUUGCCCUCAGGAUUGCCUCUAUAGCUAAGACCAAGCUGGCUAGUGUUGUGAGAGUUCUGCUGGAGAAACUGCAACAGGAUGAGCAAAACAAAAUAGACAUUUACUAUAUCCUGCAGAAUGUGUUACAGCAGGACACCGGGGGCCUAGAGAGAAGGCUAGUGAACAAAAUUAUAAGCCUAGCCUCAGAGCAGAUGAGACAGACUCGGCAAGUAACAAAUGAACUUAAAGUGGCAGCUAGUAACACCUUAGUGACGCUGGCACGCUGCUAUUUCAUUGAUGUGAUGUCUGAGCUGCGGUGUCAUCUGUACCUGCCGGAAGAGUUUAUUUUAGUUACACUGGGCAACCUGUCAUCAGCCUAUGCACUUAAGUGUAUCCGUUUUGUGAGAAUGACCCUGUAUGAUAUGGACUGCAUGCUGGAGUUAGUCAACGACAGCAGGAUGAGACAAGCAUUUUGUGGUGUUCUGGAAAAAUGGUCAAGAGCAGUAAAUUUCUAUUUCGCUAACUGGGAAAAGUGCUCAUUCCGCAGAAUGGAUGCAUCGCAAUUCUGCGAUCCAAUUCUUCCUAUUUAUGCUCAUGUGACCAGCAACUGGCUGACCUGUGAGGAGCCGGAGCUCAAGCAGGCUAUCAUCAAAGCCCUUGGUCCCAUGAUGAGCCUCCUGCUACACAAAGAGGAGUAUCAAGAUCAGCUAUUUGAACCGAUCUCAUGGCUCCUUGAGCAAUAUAAGGAGAACACUGAUGUUUUUCACAUCACCAAGAGUCUGAGCCAGCUCUUGGAGGUCUCGGGUGAAUAUAAGAUCCCUCUCCCUGACGGGAAGUUUCAAGCCAUCUGCAGUGCUCUGCACAACCAGCUCUGUUCUCAAGCUAAGCCGCUCAGCAUGGAAAAUCACGUAGAGCUGGUCUAUUGUAUAGUUCAGCUAGCCCGUUCUUCUCCUGAUGAUCUGAUAGCCUUUCUGCACUCGCAGCUGGAGAUUGAGAAUGAGGCUGUUCGUGUGGCAUCUCUGAAUCUGCUCAGAGCUAUUGUUGGUGCUGACUUGCCCGAGACAAGACUGAAAAAGUUGCUGAUUGUGGAGGCAGUGAAAUCCACUUUCAGUGAUCAGAAUGCUACGGUGAGGAAGGCAGUUCUUCAUUUCAUCCGGAGGCUGCUCAGCUCAGAAAGUGUGGAGAACUGUGCAGCAUGGGAUAUGGUAGCACAUGUUUUCAGGGAGUUCAGUGUGUCCACCAGCAAACUGGCUAUUCCGGAAGAAAACACGAUCCAAACCCUGUGCACUGACAUCCUGCAAUGUCUGGACACCUCAGUCACUGGAAUGACCCAAGUGUUAUGGCCAAGGCUUCUCGAAUAUGUGGUGCCAGAUCAGUACACUGGUACUUUGAAGCCUCUCUGCAGAUGCCUUAGGGAGCUGGCUGAGAAAAAGCAGCAGGAAGGAGAGGAAGCUGCUUCCCUCGACUACGGUGGACCAGGUUUAUAACAGGAACUCUUUCAUUUAUUCUCUCCAGGCACACUAUGCAAUGAACAGGUUCAGUCUGCUCCAGUUCUCUCAUCUGCAAUGAGAAGGCUAAAAUGAGGGAUGGUCUUGUGAUUACAACAUGGCCAUGGGAGGGAGCUAGGAAAUGUGGGUUCUGUUCCCAGCUUGCCACCAAAAUUCUGA